AAUGACACAGCUAGAAUUUAAAUAUUUGAAUAAUUAUUUUUCUAAAUUGUUAUUUUCUGAAGUAAAAAAAUCAUUGUAAUGCAUUUGAAAACUAUACUAAUCUUUUGUUCAUUUUGUUUUUUUACCGGAAUAAUAAGCGAGGGACUUAACGUAUUUCAAAUAAACCUCUUUGAAUACUUGAUAACGGAUUAUAAUAUUGGUAGAUCCAUUGAGAAAAUACAACAUGCAUUAUUUUGUCAUGAUAUCGAAGAGACUUACAAUGAUUAUAACCUUGAUGAUCGAGUAAGUAUAAGAAUUUUCAAGAUUUUGAAUUUUUUGGCUAGAAUUAAAAAGAGAGGCGAUGACAAAAGAAUAGAAAAACUUGAUAUAAAUGAGUUUCAAAUAAUCUCAAAUAAAUUCAGUAAUCUUGAUACAGACAACGAUUGCGUAUUAAAUAAGGAACAAUGCAUUACAUUGGUUGAAUCUAUUGGUUACUGUCAUUCUAGUAGUGGAUUCGUAAUUAUAAAUUUAUUUAAAAAUAUUCAUAAUUAUGUACAUACAAGAUACAUUGCAUAUGAUUUUUUCUCUCUACACAAAAAUAGUACAGCCAAUAUUGAUUUUGAAAAAAUAAUAAUAAAUAAGAUCAUAAAAAUAUAUGCACACGAAUUAUGACCAAAAAUAUUCAGUGUUCCUCACAAUAAUUUUACAUAUAUUUUUAUUCUCAAUUUUUAAUAAAUCUCACAACAAGAAAAUUAUAGUUACGUUAACUUUUCUGAAUUAGAACUUAUCCAACUUUACUUAACACAAAAUACAAUUUAAGAGAUCAUAAAAUAAAUUUUAUACAGUGCAAUUUAUUAAAUAUACUACGCUUUUUUUUUUGUUAAAUGAUUUUUUCAUAA